CCAACAUGAUUUGGGCUGUUUUGCUGUGCUGCCUUCUGACGCCGGCUGUUGGAUAUCAAACAGAGGAGCGGCUGCCUUUUUUCCACGGACAUGUUUUUGAGAACUCACCAGCUGCUUCUAAAGUGAACGGACUGAGCAUACCGGCGAGGCGCAUCAACGCGCAAAAAUGGUGCCCGGGCUCCGGAAUGCACUUCAAACUGUACGGGAACGGCAGCGAAGACUUCCGCGCAUUUAUGCAUCACAAGCGGGGAAAUAUCUUGCUGAAAACUUGCAGGGUUUUAGACAGAGAGGCCCGCUCCGAGUACGUCCUGAGUCUGGUUUGGUGCUGCCAGUUCUGCGCGUCCGAAUCUGUUGCGUCGGUAAAAGUGGACGUGCUGGACACCAACGAUCACGAGCCCACUUUUCGCAGUGCAGACACUGUCCACAUAACUUUAGAGGACACCACUGCUCUUUGCAGCGUGGUUUACAGGUUGGAGGCUGUUGACGCAGACAGCGGCAAGAACGCAGAGUUGACGUACAUUUCUCUGCCUAAAAAUGGCAGUUUCUAUGUUGUCCCCAAAACAGGCGAAGUUUUGCUCGUAGAUUCGAUCCUGGGGCUGCCCUCUAAAGUCAAAUUUUAUGUUUUCGCCAGGGACCACGGCUGGCCCCCUCUGACCAGUAAGGGAGUGGUGGUGGUUAUUGUUCCGCGGCGGUGGGCGACGCGUCCUGGACGCACAGGACGCGCUCCGCGGGCGCUGCGCGACUCCGCCGCCGUGGUCUCCCUCAACGUGUCUGAAGACGCCAGCAUCGGCUCGGUCAUAACCAACCUGAGUCCCACCAGGUUUCAGUCAGCCGCCUACGAGUUGAUUUAUCCGGAGUCAGAGAGCUCACCUGUCACCGUGGGGCGCGACAGCGGCGACAUCACCAUCAUCAGAAGGCUGGAUAGGGAGACGGAGCCGUUGGUGGAGCUCACAAUUAAAAUUCAAGAUAAACGAGGCCCAGACUGGUACCUGAACAAGGUAAAGCUGACAAUCACUGAUGUCAAUGACAACGUCCCUGAGUGGAAUAUGAAGCCGUACCCUUACCUGGCUGUAGUGUCCCCCGAGGCUCCUGCCGGAACUUUUGUCUACCAGCUCCAGGCUCACGAUGGGGACGAGGGCAAAAGCGGGGAGGUGGAGUACUUUUUAUCAGACGGAGGUGACGCCUGCUUUACAGUGGACAAGAAGACAGGCCAGGUGGUGACCACGGGUCUGGUGCUUCAGAGAGGCAGAGAGUACUUAUUAAGCGUCGUGGCUGUUGACAGCCUGGGCAGCCGCAGUACCCCCGCCAUGCUUUCUGUGGUGGCAGGAGCCAGAGCACCCCAGUUCACUAACACCAGCUAUGCCAUCUCCAUACCAGAGAACACGCCUGAAGGACAGCCCUUCCUGGUAGUGCUUGCCAUUUCCUUCCAGAAGCAGCUGAUCAGCUACAGCCUACUGAUCAAUCCCAGCAGUCUUUUCAGCAUUCGGCAGGAGACGGGGGAGAUCAGUUUAACCCGUACGCUGGACUAUGAGAGCGACCAACGGCGCUACCUGCUGAUGGUGCGAGCCAGCGAGGAGCCCGGCAGCUUAAGUACUGCCACUGAGGUUCAGGUGUUGAUAACGGAUGAGAAUGACUGCGUGCCAGAGUUCCUCCAGUCCAUCUACAGCGUGGACGGCGUUCCUGAAACGGUAACAACAGCAACGUCUCUGCUGCAGGUGUUGGCCACAGACUGUGACUCCAACUUGAACGCUGAGCUCAUUUACUACACCCUGAGUCCAGAUUUCAGUAUUUCACCACACGGGACGGUUUUUCCUGCGGGUCGGCUGGACUACGAGCGGCCUAACCAUCUGUAUGAAUUUGUGGUGAUGGCGGUGGACAGCGGUGAGGAUCCUCACUCUGGCACAGCCACUGUCCGCGUCAGGAUGGCAAACAUCAAUGAUGAGGCUCCAGAAUUCUCCCAACCUGUAUAUCGAACAUUUGUCGCAGAGGAUGCAGGCCCCAACACCCUUGUUGCCACCGUUCUGGCUAAAGACCCAGAUGGCGAUGGCAUAAUCUACUCCAUAACAGCAGGCAACGAGGAGGGAAACUUCAUUAUCGAUGCCCAAAAAGGGUUGAUUCGUCUACGCUCCACACCUCUACCCAAACUUCAAGGUCUGGAGUAUGUCCUGAAUGUUACAGCCACCGAUGACAAUGCAUCAGGCGGGCCACACCCUCUAUCCUCCACCGCUCGUGUCAUUGUUGGAAUCGAUGAUGUCAACAAUAACAAACCUGUGUUUGAAGAGUGCCAGCAAUAUCGUGAGCAGGCCUCAGUUCUGGAGAACCAGCCAACGGGGACUUUUGUGCUGCAAGUGCAUGCCGUGGAUGCAGAUGAGGGCGCGAAUGGAAAAGUCAAAUAUGGCUUAAUGCACAGAGACAGCGCCAUGCCUGCCUUCAGAAUUCAUCCAGACACAGGAGUGAUUGUGACAGCCAGGCGGUUUGACAGGGAACGGCAGAGAGAGUAUUCAAUUACAGUAACUGCCACUGACUGGGCUGAGGAACCGCUCAUCGGUAUCUGUCAACUCAACGUCCAAAUACUGGACCAGAAUGACAAUAGCCCCAAGUUUGAGAAUUUACGCUAUGAGUACUUUCUGAGAGAAGACACUUUGGUUGGCACCAGUUUCCUGCGUGUGGCAGCUCAUGACGAUGACUUUGGCACAAAUGCAGCUGUCACUUAUUCCAUGUCUCUGGAGCAGCCGGAGUACUUGGGGGUGAACACAGUCACUGGAUGGGUUUAUGUUAAUCAGCCCAUAUCACAGAGGACGUACAUUACAAGAGACAUAAUAGCAACAGAUGGGGGAAACCGCAGCACAACUGUGGAGCUGUCAGUGACCAUCACCAACGUGAAGAACCAGCCACCGCAGUGGGAAAAGGAGAGCUACAGUGUUGUCAUCCCGGAGAAUACUGCCAGAGACACACCUAUCGUGACAAUCAAGGCGACCUCACACCUUGGGGACCCCAGGGUGACCUACAACCUGGAGGAUGGGAUGGUCCCAGAAACCAAUAUGCCGGUCCGUUUCUACCUUUCCCCCAACCGUGAAGAUGGUUCUACAUCUAUUCUUGUGUCUGAGCCACUGGACUAUGAGACCACUCCCUUUUUCUCUCUCCGGGUCCGUGCACAGAAUGUAGCUGCAGUGCCUCUUGCAGCUUUCACCACCGUCUACAUCAAUGUUACAGAUGUAAAUGACAACGUGCCGUUUUUCACUUCCUCCAUCUAUGAGGCUUCUGUAACAGAAGGGGCCCAGAUUGGAACUUUGGUUCUGCAAGUGUCAGCUCAUGACAAGGACCUGGAUCUAAAUGGAGAGAUCACUUACUCUCUGCUGAGUGACAGCAGUGGCGACCACCUUUUAUUCCAAAUUGACCCAAAACUGGGGACCAUCCACACUGAAGCUGUGUUUGAUCGCGAGGCCCGCAGCUCCUAUUUGCUGGAGGUUCAGUCGGAGGAUGGCCAUGAGUCAGCUCGACCCGGCAAGAACAAACAGCCCAACACAGACACAGCAUACGUGCGGGUUUUCAUCAGUGAUGUCAAUGACAACAAACCCAUUUUUGGUCAGAGACUGUAUGAAGUCGGUGUCGACGAGAAUGCAGAUGUGGGCUUGACUGUUGUCACCGUUAGUGCUAAUGACGAGGAUGAAGGAGCUAAUGCUAAGCUGCGCUACCAGAUAACAUCGGGCAACAAAGGUGGCGUUUUUGAUAUUGAGCCCGAGGUGGGGGCAAUCUUCAUUGCACAGCCCCUGGACUAUGAGAAGCAGAAGAGAUACAAACUACUCGUGCUGGCAUCCGAUGGGAAGUGGGAGGACUAUGCAGCUGUGGUGGUUAAUGUGGUCAAUAAGAAUGACGAGGCUCCAGUGUUCUCCAUGAAUGAGUACUACGGAUCAGUCACAGAGGAGCUUGAUGGGUCACCUGUGUUUGUUCUGCAGGUGACAGCUACCGACCCUGACAAAGAUGCGGAUCAGGGAGCCAUACGGUACUCCAUUCAUGGCCAAGGGGCAGAGUCACACUUCAUGAUCAACGACAUCACAGGGGAGAUGUAUUCUCAACGCACUCUGGACCGAGAAGAUCGUGCUGUGUGGCGCUUUGUUGUUAUGGCAACAGAUGAGGAAGGCGAGGGACUUACUGGUUUCACUGAUGUUAUUAUCAAUGUGUGGGACAUCAAUGACAAUGCACCCACAUUCUCGUGUGCACCUGAUAAUUGCCACAGCAGUGUGGCAGAGAACUCACCUCCCGGAACGUUUGUUGUGGAAAUGACAGCAGUUGACCUCGAUGACGCAGCGGUAGGGCAGAACGCAAUUCUCACAUACCGGAUUAUUGAGAAUGCCCGCGAUGAAAACAGCGUGGAACUUUUCACGGUCGACUCCAGCACUGGGACUGUAUCUGUGGCUGCUGAGGGGCUGGACCGGGAGUUGACUGAAAGCCAUCACUUAGUAGUAGAAGCUCGGGACGGUGGCGGCAUGACUGGCACAGCAACCAUCACUGUAAUGGUAACAGAUGUCAACGACCACAUCCCGAGGUUUCGAGAGGACUGGUGUGGAGUCCGUGUACCUGAAAGCACUAACGUGGAUGCUCCCAUUCUGGAGCUGAGUGCUGUUGAUGCUGACACCGGCACAUACGGACAGCUAGUUUUCAGUUUGGUUUCAGGGGAUGCAGAGCAAAGAUUCUACGUGGUCAGCCACAGGAUGGAGCAGACAGGCACUCUGAGACUGAAGAAGAAGCUGGACUUUGAGAAGGCAGGGGAGCAGCGGUUUAACCUUACUGUUAAGGUGGAGGACUCAGACUUCUCCAGUCUCAUCCACUGUCUGGUUUUAGUGGAAGAUGAGAAUGAUAAUGCUCCUGUAUUUACACCGAGCUCCCAACUGCUGCCGCCUCUGCCUGAGGACAUACCCGUAGGAAGCAGCAUCACUCAGGUCGUGGCCACUGACUCUGACUCAGGCCUGAAUGGAGACAUUCUGUACAGCAUUCAACCUGAGUCUGACCCCCACAGACACUUCACGGUCAACCACGCUGGUGUGGUUGCAGUUGCCAAGCUGCUGGAUAGGGAGACGGCAGCAGGUUAUGACCUUGUGGUCAUGGCGACAGACCAGGGUGCCCCGCCACUGACUGGCAGCGUUACAGUCCAGUUCACACUGCUCGACAGGAAUGACAACGGGCCAGAGCUGGAGACAGACUACUUCCCGAUGCUGUGGGAGAACAGUCCCGCACCUCAAGUGGUGUGGCUGAACCAAAGCUCCACUCUGCUCCACGUGGUGGACAGAGACUCCCCAGAGCACGGGCCUCCUUUCUUCCUGUCUCUUCCCUCAGUAUACUCUGUUGAUUUCCAUCUACAGGAUCACGGAAAUGGCUCUGCCACGCUCACUGCCCUGCGGAGAUUUGACAGAGAGAGGCAGAAAGAGUUCCACUUGCCUCUGAUCAUGAUUGACAGUGGCCAUCCACCAAUGACAGCCACAAGCACACUCACCAUCACCAUUGGCGACCAGAAUGAUAACGCCCAUCAGGCAGGGGAGAAGGAUGUUUACGUGCAUAGCCACAAGGGAAGGAUGGUGAAUGCAUCGCUGGGGAAGGUGUAUGCCCCAGAUCCCGAUGACUGGGACAACAAGACCUACACUUUGGAAACAAGUGCAGCAAAAUACUUUGCCUUGAACCGGAGCUCAGGAGCGCUGACCAUCCGGCCAAACACUCCAGCUGGCAGCUACUGGCUGAGGGUGAGAGUGUCUGAUGGGGUGUGGCCUGAUGUGAUGUCAGGGGUCAGAGUUCACGUGAGGGAGCUGGAAGAACAGGCUGUCGUGUUGUCUGCCUCGCUACGUCUGUCUGGCAUUACGGCGAGAGAGUUUAUCGACUCCAGCCUCGAGAGGAAGAGUCGGCUGGAGAUGUUCUGGGACUUCCUGGCUGAAUCCCUGUCCAUCAGACCUGCAAGCAUCAACGUUUUCAGCAUAGCAGAUAGAGGGGAAAACACAGUGGACAUCCACUUCUACGUACUGACUGAUACCGGCGGGUACCUCCGUCCAGAAAAGCUGCACGCUGUGCUCGCUGCACAUAAAAAGAAGCUGCAGUCAAAGCUGCAUGUAAUUGUGAGUCAGGUGCAGGUAGACGAGUGUGCACAAAUGGACUGCAAAGCAUCCGGCGGCUGCUCCACACGCCUAAGUAUCACUGACUCGCCCACCCUGGUAGACUCCGGUGGUUUAUCCCUGGUGUCAGUGAAGGUGACAUCUUCAGCUGUUUGUGGCUGCGCUGCGAGGGACAUGACCCAUCAAUCCUGCUCAUCAUACGCCACAAACCCGUGUCUCAACGGGGGAACCUGCAUCAACACCCAGAGUGGCUACAGGUGCCGCUGCCUCCCCCAGCAUGAUGGUCCAGACUGUCAGCAGACAAGACUUAGUUUCCUUGGCAAUGGUUAUGCUUGGCUUCCUCCUAUAAGGCCAUGCUUUGAUAGUCAUCUUUCUCUGGAGUUUAUGACAGAGGAAGAUGAUGGGCUGUUAUUGUAUGCUGGACCGCUGGUCGCUCCACUGCCUGGGGACGCUGAAGAGUACAUGGCCAUUGAGCUGAUUGAUGGGGCACCCAGUCUGAAGAUGAAUUAUGGCUCUGGGACUCUAGUUCUCCAGUUAACCAAUAACAUUGGUGUAGCUGACAGACGAUGGCAUCGUCUUGAUGUGAGAAGUACCAGUAAAGAAGUGCGUUUCACUCUCGAUCGAUGCGCCACUGCAAUUGUCAUGGAGACCGAAGGCGUGGACUCAUGGGCCAUGACGGAAGACCGCUCGUCCUGUGAAAUCCGAGGAGUCACACCCAACAGGGACAAGUUUAUGGUUAGAAGUCACGUGCUGCAGCUUGGAGGGGUCAACAAGAACAUGUCAUAUGAUUACCCACAGCUACGGCACAAACACUACAACGGGUGUAUAAGGAACCUGCUUGUGGAUAGUAAGGUCUAUGACCUUGGUUCCCCGGCAGAAUCUUCCAGCACUGCCCGAAGCUGUUCUCUUAUUAAUGACCACUGCACUAACAGAGAGCACAUUCCCUCGUGUGGUGCCAGGGGUCGCUGUAAUGUCGAGUGGGGUUCAUCUGGCUGCCUGUGUCAACCAGGCUUUACAGGACCACAGUGUGACCAAGUGCCUCCAGAGUUGUCCUUUGAUGGACGGAGCCACAUUCAGCUCCAGCUCAUGUGGUCGCUCCCUGCACGACAAACACGGCUCCAGUUUGGGGUUCGGACACGUGCCGCCAAUGGCGUCCUCUUGAGUCUGCUUUCCCAGGAGCAGAACGAAUACCUGCGUUUAGAAGUAAUUCAGGGUUUCCUGGCUGUCUUCUAUAACCUGGGAGAUGGAGAUUUCAACCUGACAUUGCCACACCAUCACCUUGAUGACGGAGAAUGGCACGAAGUAGAGCUGGAGCGCAUUGGCAGAGAGUUCACCCUCAGGCUCAAUGGAGGCGGGGGACGGCGAGAGUUAACGGCCUCUCCAGGGAGGAGCCAGGAGAUCAUUAUUGACCCCUCUGUGGUGAUGCUUGGAAACAAUUUUCCCUCCGGACACAACCGCAGUUUCCUAGGAUGUCUGCGUGAUCUAAGGUUUAACGGCCGCUCCGUCCCUCUGGAAGGUGAGCAGCCUUCAGAGGACAUUCAGGUCAUCACUUCCCAGGGCGUUUCACUUGGCUGCUCUUCAGAAGCCUGCAAAAAACACCACUGCGCUCUCCCUCUGGUCUGCGUGGACCUCUGGAGACACCACGAAUGCAGGUGCCCUCCAGGCCACAUGACCAAAGAAAGCUCUUUGGGCAAAGUGUGUGUGUACACGUUGUGCGCCAGCCGGCCAUGUCGCCACGGGACCUGCGUACCUCAUUCUCCCUCCCGGUAUUCGUGCCACUGCAGCGAGGGUUACCGGGGACGGCACUGCGAGGUCACGCUCGCCAUGUUUUAUAACGAGGACAACACCAGCCUCAGCCUCAGCUCCAUGUUCGCCAUCAGCAUCUGUGUCAUGGCUUUUCUAGUGUUGAUGCUGGGCCUGUUUCUAUACUCCUGCUGGAGGAGACACAAGGGCCUGAAGGAGGGGGUGUACCACGUGUCUGCACACCAUGGAGAGUGGGAGGACAUCCGGGAAAAUGUGCUCAACUACGACGAAGAAGGUGGAGGGGAGCAGGACCAGAAUGCCUUUAAUAUGGUGGAGCUGCAGCGCUCCCUCCAGCCCAGCCCGGCUCAGUCACUUCGGUACAGUUAUCCACAAAGCAUCAUCUCCUAUCCACAGACUAAGACACCCCAGGACAACAACAAAAAGGGAGUGGCUAACGGCAACGGCAGUGCAACCAUCGCCCUCCGUCUGGCUAUCCCUCCAUCGGAGACAGAAACCCUGCCGUCUCCUCUGACGUUCCGCCGCUCCCAGAAAACCCUCUCAUUCUCCAGCCAGGAUUUGGCCCGGUACCUUUGUGAGGUCAUCAGGGACAUGGAGCACCCAGGGGAACUAGGUACCAUGACAACACCUCGCCGUUCCUCCAGGAAGGACCGCGGGCUUGCGGCGGUGCGCUCCCUCAGCUUCCUCAGUGCAUCUCAGGGUUCAGAAGUCAGGCUUCAGGGGAGCCAGAGUGCCCGGCUGGACAGGUUCAAAACCCUCCGAGCUGUGGUUAGCGAUUUGAGAGGAGACUCCAAGGUUCACGAGGGCCAGAGGGACAAGGUAAAGGGGAGCAGAGGACAGCUGAAUUGUGAGAAGAGUGGGUAAGACUGCACUCAAAGAAACCGAACUGAGGGUUGUGACGAAGCAACGCUAAUCAGAGGGUGGUGGUGGAAUUCCGA